AGCUUUUGAAUGUGUCAAACGAGAUUUUACGAUAGAUAAAUGUGAAAAUGAGUAAUGGUGAGAAAGAUUUCUUUUAAUUUGCCACAGUUUUUAUCAUAAAUUGAAGUACAAUGAAAUUCACCUUAAAAAGUUGUAUAUUUUAGGGCAAAUUAUAACACAAGCAGCUGUUUAGCAACAGUAACAACACCGAAGGUUAAAAUGAUGACAUUUGAUACAUCUGAUAUGAUGAAUGCUGCCCCACCUGAUACUCAUUCCGAAGAUGCAACAGGAAUGGAGGAAACUCCAUCAUCAAUGGUGUCUAGUGAAGCCGAGUCUGAAGGCAGUGUGAUAUUGGAGCAAAGAGCCCAUGAUGGCGAAGCUCCCAUGCCCUUCAGUAGUGACGCGAGUGUCUCAGAAGCACACGCCUCUCAGGACAGGUCCGCCCCAACACUAACGGCCAACGACUGGAGAAAUGUCGGCAACUCACUGGCAUCUAUCAUCUCAACAAGAGGCUCAAUGCUACCAUGGGGUCCACACAAAGGACCUAUCGUUCCACCCACAGAUAUGGACCACCGUCCGGGAGAGUAUGUUAUGAGGCUAUUAUUUACUGAAUUCACCGUUCAAGCUGAGAGAAAAAUGGAAGCAGUGAUGGCUGAACCAUUGGAGAAGCCUUUGAACAAAACCCUUCAGCGUGGUGAAGAUCCACAACUUGAUCAGAUUCUAUCAGCAUUUGGUACAGUCGCUGAGCAUUGCCUGCCUUCUUUGCUCCGAGCCCUGUUUGGUUGGCUCGAAAGACAAAUGGCUGAUUCACCGCAACUCAGUGAACAAGCAAAAAAGCCACAACACGAUUCACGCAACAAAAGUAUAAUAUACAUAGUUGCUGGAAGUGGGGCUGGGACGGAGACCACUGAACGUAGCUGCGAGGAGUUGCAGGCGGAGAGACGAGACCUGGCCGUAGAGUUCCUCUUCUGCCUAGCUCUGAUUGAGGUGCUGCGUCAACUGCCCUUCCAUCCAGGACACGAGGAUCUAGUGCAUUACAUUGAGACACUGGCCUUCAAACGAUUCAAUUAUAAAGAAGGGCUCCAAUCGAACCCUAACGCGGCCAACGUGCAUAUAAUAGCUGACCUCUACGCAGAAGUAAUCGGCGCCCUGGCGCAAUCACGCUUCUCCUCCGUUCGGAAACGAUUCACGGCGGAACUCAAGGAUCUAAAGUCUCGAGAACCAUCACCGCAUUCGACACAAAGCAUCAUAUCUUUGCUGAUGGGCAUGAAGUUCUUCCGAGUGAAGAUGGUGCCCAUUGAAGAGUUCGAGGCAUCGUUUCAAUUUCUGCAAGAAUGUGCUCAAUAUUUCCUUGAGGUGAAGGACAAAGAUAUACGACAUGCGUUAGCUGGUCUCUUUGUGGAGAUAUUAGUGCCAGUUGCUGCGACUGUGAAAAACGAAGUGAAUGUACCAUGUUUGAAGAACUUUGUCGAAAUGCUGUACAGUCAUACAUUGGAUGCCAGCACCAAGUCUAAGCAUCGGCUGGCGCUGUUCCCUCUGGUCACCUGUCUGCUCUGUGUCUCACAGAAGCAGUUCUUCUUAGCCAACUGGCAUUGCUUCCUCGCUAUGUGUCUGUCACAUCUCAAGAACAGAGACCCGAAGAUGUGCAGAGUGGCACUAGAAGCGUUAUACCGUCUGCUCUGGGUGUACAUGAUAAGGAUCAAAUGCGAAAGCAAUUCUGCCACUCAUUCUCGGCUGCAGAGUAUCGUCAACUCCCUCUUCCCGAAGGGUUCCAAAGGCGUAGUCCCUCGUGACACACCCUUGAAUAUAUUCGUCAAAAUCAUUCAGUUCAUAGCUCAAGAGAGACUGGACUUCGCUAUGAGAGAGAUAGUAUUCGAUCUGCUAAUGGUCGGAAGACCGAUCAAGAUAAUUAUGACACCUGAAAGAAUGUCUAUAGGUCUUCGAGCGUUUUUGGUCGUAGCUGAUAGUCUUCAACAGAAAGAAGGUGAACCACCGAUGCCCCGGACUUCGGGGACUUUGCCAUCCGGGAAUACUUUAAGAGUUAAGAAGACUUUUCUCAAUAAAAUGUUAACUGAUGAAACAGCAAGGUCUAUUGGGAUGAGUGCAUAUUUCCCUUAUGUCAGGCGAGUGCUGGUGGAGAUACUGAGGGCGUUGGAUGCGCACUACGGCCGGCCAUUGAUGCUGACCAAUACACAGAAUGUUACCAAAGAACAAGAAAUUAAUACAGGCGAGAGGAAGCCUAGAAUUGAUCUAUUCAGGACUUGCGUUGCCGCAAUACCGCGCCUCAUCCCCGAGGGAAUGAGUUCAAGUGAGCUGGUAGACCUGUUGUGCCGGCUGACAGUGCAUAUGGAUGAAGAGCUCCGGGGCCUGUCCUUCCAGAGCCUCCAGACCCUCAUCGUGGACUUCCCGGAGUGGAGGCAGGAUGUGCUCGCUGGCUUCACGCAGUUCCUCGCCAAGGAUGUACAGGACACCACACCCCAGUUGGUUGAGAAUGGUCUUCGAAUGCUGCUACAGCUUAUAACUAGCUGGAAGAAUGGUGAACCAGCAGCUUCCGCGCCUGCAACGCCCUCCGCGCCCUCCGCGCCCACCGCACCCGCUGUGCCUACCGCGCCCACCGCGCCUAUGAAACACGAGCCGCUGUUAUCUGUGCUCAGAGGUGCUGAGGCUCUUGGCCUCGUCAUGUUGUGCCAAUGCAAGGCCUAUCCUAGGCGAUUGGCUGUACAUAUACUAAGGGAGAUCAAGUAUCUGCUAGAUAAGUUACAAGUGAGUCGCGAGGAGCCUGCAUUGAUAGAGGCUGCGGACGCGCACGUGCCUCACUUUGCUGAGAAGUGUCUGUCGCUGCUGCCUCCAGCGGAGAAGCAGGCGAUACUCGCAGCUGGACAGCCGGACCUCGUAUGGAUAGCGGAGCGCAGCCACGCCGUAUGGACCGCUGGUUUACAACACGAUGAAGCAUCGACUAAGAACAGCUGGAGCUCUAGUUCUAGUAACGGAGCUGAUCCCUGGGAGGUAAUAUUAUACGGUCUAUUGGAGCGCGGCCGCGUACCCGCCCGCUGCCCCGCCACCGUACUGCAGGCGUGGCCGAUACUUCACGCCAGGAUACAUGCGCUGUACACCAUUAUAGAACCCGCACCAGUCAGCGACAAUCGCGCCUCCUUGCUCUCUCGCAGUCCUGCUUUACCCAGAAAACCAGAGAAGGAAAGAGAUGGAUAUAUGCAAGUGUGGAAGUAUUAUAUGACGAUGGCAUACCUAGUGGUGCCGGCUGUGCCUAGUCCAGUCAUCCGCUGUGCCAGUCCAGAUUUGAGUCUAAGCCACGCGGAACCGGAGGGGUGGGCUGGCCCGGCCGCGCUGACUGGCUCCAGCGAGAGCCUCAACGCCACCGGCGGCUUCUUCACGCUGCCCCUCAGCUAUGCCCGCGCGCACAGGCAUCACAAACGGACGAGGUGGCCGAUACAAUCGCCAAACGCAAUCACAUCGUCAAUCGCUAUGUGCACGUCGCAUUUGUUUAUCAUAUCAUCGUUUCUGUCGUGUUUCGGUACCAUCUCGCUUAUCCUCAUCGUUGUCUUAACAUAUUCGUCGCCGGACUCGUUGAGCGAGCGCAGCGGGGGAGAGGCGCGGGGCUCGCUCCACAAGCUGGCGGCGCCGCUGGUACGCUGCGAGGUGCACGAAGUCCGUGACGCCGCGGUUUCAGCUUGCGGACAUAUUAAUCCUGAUGCACUCAAGGACUUGUUUGAGGAGCUCCUGCCUAUAUUACGGGAAGCCGUGGAUCGUAAACAAGAGAACAUGCGCCGUCGUCGUCGCAGAGACGCGCUUCGUCUGCACCUCAAUAAAAUGUUGCUUAUUAUAGCGAGGAGGAAUACAUUUUCUAACAGUACAUUUGCGUUGGAGAGCGGCGGUCUGCACUCCUCAAUAACGGAGUAUUUGGACGGCGUGCGGCAAUGCCUCGAGGCGGAGACGGACAAAGACGCGGCGGCGGCGCGCGAACAACGGCUCACCUUCGCUGACUUUGUCACUGAACUUGUCAAGAGCUUUCCCAUCGAACUGUACGGUACGCUGAUGAAGAAGGAGUUGUGCCGGGGCCUGUUCUCGCUGUUCGCGAGCUGUUGUGGGCCGCUGGCGAAGUACCUCGGCGCCUUGGUGACUCAGCCGCAGCCUCAGCAAGCACAAGAUGACGACAGACUCAACUUGUCCGCACUCACGGCAAUGAGUGCGUUGGUAUGCUGCGGGCCGUGCUUCGCACCGGCCGCACUCGCUGAAGACGGCGCGCUCUAUCCCUGGCUCAGUCAAAUGCUCUCUUCCACUAAUGAUAAGAUCUAUGAACUAGCCCGUGAGACUAUCGUGUUGCUAUUGGAACGCAACCCCGAUAUUGGCCCGCUACUGGACUGGACUGUGGACAAAUGCUUCACUGGAACACCUCGGGUUGCUGACGGAUGCUUCAUGGCGUUAGCAACCAUAUUCAGUGCUAGGGAAUACCCGUGUGACCAUUACACGGCCAUCAUCAACGUAACGCUGAUGUGCACCGGAUGCCCUCGGGCGCCGGUUCACGAGAGCGCCUUGCAGUUGUUGCAACUCCUUGACAAACGUUUCUUCGGUAGCGUGAGCCCCAUGGCGACGGACGACGACGGAUCAGAGAAGGGUAAGGGCACUCUGGACGUGCUCCUGUGCACUACGUACUGCCGCUCACAGCUGUAUCUCUCCCGUCAGCUGUCACAACUGCACCCGGAACUCACGAUGCCUAUGUUCUCAGGUAUCUUUACUAUCCAACAGUAUUACGCGUCGGAGGGCGGUCGCAGCGUGCGGCGAGAGGGCCUCGGCUCCGUGGAAGCCACUGAAAUGGUCCUCAAUAAUUUAUUUUACAUCACUGCAAAGUUCUCGGACAAUCAUCCAAAGGAGAUUGAAGAGCUUUGGUCGACUCUUUGCGCGUGCUGGCCCAACAACCUGAAAGUCAUUAUACGAUACCUUAUUAUCGUAUCAGGGAUGGCUCCCAACGAACUCCUGCCAUAUGCGAAGCGGGUGGUGUUGUACUUAGCUCGGUCUAGACCCGAGCGCCUUCUCGACGAGAUGAUGACGGAGCUCCAGACGGUGGAGACCCUCAACUGCCUCAUCGAACGCACUGAGACCCCGCCCUUCUACAGGCUCACCUCGAUGCGCAAGGCUACAUCUGGACACAGCGACGGCCCCGGCACAGGAUCACAAGAUGCCACAGGUCGCACGGGUGAAUUGGCUCCGAUAGAAAAAGGCACAAUCCAUACGAAGCGGCACAGCGGCGAAGAUCCAGCUAAAUCUUGCGUGGGGAAACCUUGUGAGAGUGCGGUGCCGAGGGGGCAGGACAAGCGUUCGUCGGGGCCGCCAUGCACACCCCCCGUCGACGACGAGCCUCCAGCGCCCUCUGACGGCGACGCCACACCGACCGGUUUGGGUCCGGAGUUACACGCUACGCCUACUGGUAGUGCCCCAGCGACGCCGCAGGAGACAAGAGAAGACGCACCUCAACCCAGACCGCUGCCUAUGCCAGAGUACGGCGGAUACUUUGCACUCCUCACGGAAUAUUUACCUGACAGCAACCAACCUAUCUCAGGGUUCCACAGAUGCAACGUUGCGGUGAUGUUGUUAUGCGACGUGGUGCUGGAUGGGGUAGAGAUCGACUGGUCAAUACACGUCCCCCUUAUGCUGCACAUUGUAUUUCUUGGCAUGGAUCAUACCAGGUGGAUAGUGCACCAGCAUUGCCGACAGUUGCUGUUGAAUCUGCUGGUAGCGGUGGCGGCGCACCACGACCACCUGACAGUGGCGCGGACGCUACUCGCCAGCCGCAGCGCGCAGCUCGGCCUCGCGGUCACCGCGCCCCAUCUGCCGCCGCUUCCCUUGCUACACCACAACUUUACUGAGCCGGACGCUGCAUUCGACAAGACGACGCAAUGCACGCACUCGCCGCGAGCUACCGCUCGCUCUCUCAGUACCGAUCCCCAGGUUACUCCAGAAGGUGAAGCCGACAAGUACCCAUCGCUGCCGGUGAUAAUAACCGGCGAGGGCGAGGGUGAGGGUGAGAGAGGGUUGGAGGUGGGGGAGGCGGGGGAGGCGGAGAUGCCCGUCGCUGACGUCAUCAAGUCCCUCGUGCACUUCCUAGCCAACCGACCAACUCACAUGCCCCUAUGGCAGUAUGAAGAUAUCACUGCUAAAGUAUGGAGCCUGCGUAGCUGCCAGCAGAUGGCGACGCUGGCGCGGCACGCACUGCGCGUGUUCAGAGAGUCUUUGCCGCACGCGCUGGUCUCGGAACGGUGGGCGCAGACUGCCUUACAGCUCGGCCUCUCCUGUCCCUCGAGACACUAUGCUGGCAGAUCCCUACAGGUGUUCCGCUUCAUCGGUGUAGCGAUGACGGGUCGUAUGGUGACUGAUAUUCUGUCCCGUCUGGUGGAGACGGUCGCAGAACAGGGUGAAGAUAUGCAGGGCUACGUCACUGAACUGCUUCUCACGCUAGAAGCAGCAGUGGACUCGCUCGAAUCUAACUUCAGACCACUCGACUAUAUGCGCGACAUCUUCAAAUCUACACCCAAUUUGAACAACAAGGAUGGACAGCAACCCAAUGGAACACCAUUCACCGCAGGCAAACGGUCGCCGGGUGUGUGCGUGGGGUGUGCCAGUAACCACACGCGCAGUACCAGCUACUCCGUGUCCGCGCCCUACUGCGUGCGCAAACCUAACGCCCCACCAACGAACGCAGACAAACAGCCGCACGACCGAAGCCGGCCGUGCAGUGAUUCAUCCAAAGGGUGUUCCAACUUGUGCCGGUCGCGGUCCGCACAAUCUCUGAAACUGCUCGGAGACAGCGCAACGCAGGAUGACAAGCUGACGAUCCUGGCGACGCUGUUCUGGGUGGGAGCGUCUUUGCUAGAAUCUGAUUACGAGCACGAGUAUCUGCUUGGUGUGCGUCUCCUGGCGCGUGUGAUGGCGCGCCUACCACUCGACAGACCGGACGCACGCGACCGCCUCGACCGCACACAGGCACACGCCGCGCCCGCGCUCCACGCUUUACUACUCAAGGGUUGUACUCAUCCCAACACAUACGAGCCGGUAGUAGGCGUGUUGGCGGAUAUGAUCCCAUUGCUGGAGCUACCGGUGAUCGAUCCAACGCAGUCAAUGGCCUUCCCGAUGACAGUGGUGGCAUUGUUGCCAUACAUGUUGCUACACUAUGAGGACGCGACAGAAUUAUGCGUCAGAGCGGCCUGUCAUAUCGCGCAGUUCACAGCAGAGAAGAGCAAGAAGCUAGAGAACCUGGGCACGGUGAUGACGCUGUACUCUCGCCGAACCUUCAGCAAGGAGAGCUUCCAGUGGACCAAGUGUGUGGUCAAGUACCUCUGGGACACCUACUCGCAUCUCUCACUCCAAAUGCUCGCCUUCCUUGUUGAAGUACUGGAAAAGGGUGCGGGGAGUCUCCAGCCAGCAGUCCUGUCCAUCUUGCACUGCAUGCUGCAUUACGUCGAGCUUAACGCGCCAGCAGCACAACCAGUCAACGCUGACCUCCUGCGCGCAGUAUCCAAGUUCAUUGGACAAGAUAACAACAAUUACAAGGAGGCUAUGAAGAUUCUGAAGCUGGUGGUGACGCGGUGCUCGACGUUGGUGGUGCCACCUCAUUGGGAUAGCCAUGCCUCCUCCAUACUCGAUACUGAUCUACACGGCAAGAAGGAGUUACCAGGUCGUACUAUGGACUUCACUUUCGACCUCUCUCAAACUCCGGUCAUCGGCCGCAAGUACCUGCCGAAGAGCGGCAGUCAGCCUCCGACAGGACCCAGUUCCUUGUCAAAUGCCUCCUCAACAACUGCUGAUAAAGGGUCGUCAACAUCAGGGUCCGCAUCAACAGUGGUGGGCCAGGAGAGCGGCGGGCGGAUCGCGGGGGCGGGCAGCGGCGGCGCGGGGGCGGGGCCGCACAGCGCCGCCUCUCCGCGACGCUCCCUCUCACUCUCCCCCGCUGAUGCUAUGGCUUCGGGGUGGAAACGACCCUGGAUGUCGCAAAGCCGUGUUCGCGAAUGCCUUGUAAACCUCUUGACUACUUGUGGGCAAAGAGUGGGCCUGCCCAAGAGCCCGUCUGUGAUAUUCAGUCAGAGCUCGGAGCUGCUGGAGCGGGAGUCGUCGAUGACGUCAUCGCUGGAGGAGGUCUCCGGCACUCCCGGCAACGAGCCCUCCGGCGGCGCCCCGCCCACCGACCACUUCGGUGUCUUCAAAGACUUUGAUUUUCUCGAAUAUGAAAGCGAAAGUAUUGAGGGCGAGAGUUCGGACAACUUCAACUGGGGCCCCGCCCCCGCGCACCACGACGACGCAAAACUCACACAUCUUAUGCAGCGGCAGAGAUGGGCGGCGGCUCUAGCGUUGGUGCGGGAGCGCAACGCCGAGCGUAUCUUGGAGCGCGGGGAGCUGCCGGAGGAUGACGUCACCAGUCUACUGCACGUCUACUGCAAGGGUCUCGCACAAGCGCACCCAGAAAUGGUGGCCAUCACUCGUCCGGUGAACGAGCUGUCGCAGAACUUGUCCUUCAUGAUGGAGAGCCUCUACAAGGUGUCUGUGGCGCUGCAGCGUCAGGACUACUGAUGCCGACGUCGGCGAGCGCCGCACAAGAAGCGACCUCAUUAACCUUCAUACACUAACAAUGUCAAUAUGUCAAACCCAUCUGACAUUUAAGGGCUCCAACGUAAACUAACCUAUAUUUAAAAAGCAAAUUUUGCAAUACGAAAUAAUAUGAUUACGCGUCAAACUUGAAUAAACAAUAGAUAUGACAGUUUACAUAGGAACCAUAACUUUCUCUAACCAUAAAGUGUCAACUAGAUCUGACAGUGCAUAAUACGACGAACUUGUCUGACCCAAUGAGAGGUUCUGCUGUCGCGAUUAAUUACAUCUAAAGAUAAAAUCUAUUAGGCAAAAAGUAGCUAUUCCUUGUACUUUAGGCAGUUGGAGGAAUUUUUUGUUGCAAUCUGUAGCCGGGUCAGUUAAGUUUUUCGAUACAAUCUAUUCUGUCCUAACCUCACGUCAAUGAUCUCGUUUCUCCUUUUAUCUUUAUUUUAUAGUUAUCCAAAUUUUGAUAUCUUUAAUUUUCAUUUCCUUCUAAUUUUCAAAUUGAUCUCGAUAAACUGAUAUGAAAUAAUUUUUAAACAAUUAUAUUAUUGGAUAUGUAAGAAACCAAAAUAUUUUAUGAAUACGACAAAGAAAUCACCAUCUUUGUAAUAUAAUGAAAUGUCAAAUUAAAAGUUAUUUUAACCUAGUGAUAGCACGAAAUUGUGGGAUACUAUUCAGAAAUAUACUAGAAAAUUCUGUUUAAUAUUUAUAUCCUUUUUAAAAUAUUUUGAUGACAAAUCAAUUUUAUUUACGUCGUUCUUUACUUUUAUUACAAUCAAUAGAAAAACUACACUAAAAUAAAGCUGUAUAAUGAAAUCACGUAACAAAUUUUGUUCUAAAUUUUACGAACUAUGUAUAUUAAAUUAUUCUUAAAUUA